UAUCCUGAGCCCUAACUAUCCACGAUCCACGAAGAUCCGCAAAUCUUUCCUCAUUUUUUGGUCGGAUCCUUGAUGGCAAAAUGGCAAGGAGACUACUAAAGACAAUGGAGCAAUGAAGCUAUUGCAACAAAGGCAUACCAGUGUCGCAAAGUGCUGCUUUCUAUUGUCGUUCAUAGCAACGAGAAUAACUGGCUUUCUGAUUGGAUACAGCUCUCUGCUUGGUAAUCAGAGGAGUUCACAGCCCUCACGCAGACAACCCAGAUUCUCGAAAGAUGCUCUGUUUCGUGACGACGACGACGGCACAUCUCCAAGAAUCGACCCCUUCCUCGCCCUGGCCAUGGAAGAAUCUCUUGUCAAGAUUCAGAUCCUGAUGGCAACAACGACAGAGACUGCAAAUCCAAAGUCAUAUUAUGGGCUAUCAUCAUGGAAGAAGCUAUGGAAGGAUUGUUGUGAAUUAGUCCAAGUUGACCAGUCCACCGUUCCAAACGCUGGAUUGGGUCUAUUGGCCAACACCAAUCUGGAAGAAGGGACGGUCGUGAGCUUUUAUCCCGUCCAUGGAAUAGGAAUGGAUCAUACUAGUACGGGAGGAACCACUGCAGCCAUUGCCUCCACCAAUGACGUGGAUCAAGACUUCUUUGACACACAACAAGACCAAGAUGGUCGCAAUUACCGACAAUGCUUGCUUCGUCCUCUCACGGGCUACUCUACUACGAUACGCGGAAAGGAAAAACUGUUUAUCGAUGUCAAUCCCCACCGGUCCGUCCAUCCGGGAUGGACCAGUCACUGCGUCAAUGAUGGAGCCACAAUACUGCCACAACCACAAGGAUACCAGGAAGAACAAGUCCUAACUUACUACGAACAGUCCCUCCAAAAACAAAACUGUGUGCAAAUUCCAUUUGGACCGGUGCCUCUCAUGGCCACCGUCACCACCAGGGCGGUCGACGCGGGUGAGGAACUCUUCACUUGCUACGGAGCGGCCUAUUGGCUACCGGUGGUAGGAGACCCGAAUCAUGUCCCAAAGUUGCUAGCAUCUCCAGGUAUUCUCAAGUCUAUAGACCAUUCGGCGUGCCUGACACGUGAGAGUAUUCAAAAGGUCAGCGCUCGAUACGACAAGGAAUGGGCGGGCAUUGAGGAAUCAUUUCUUGCUGCUUUUUAACUAAAAAGCAGCAUGAAAGACGACAUGGAUCCUUGAGGCUAUCCCCGGACGAUAGCUGAAGUGAGUACUGUAUGGCAACACUAUAACAGCCACUUGCUUUGACUCCAACGACUAUUAAUAUGCAAUAAGCAAUUUGGGAUCAAUUUUCAGCAUCGCUCUUCCAUGUAUUCUUGCACCCAACUUGAAUCUACGUGGCUGCAAGCUGGGGGCAAUAGAAGACGUGCCUUUUGCGAACGUUUCUUUGUUGAGUGAUUGCUAAUGUAGGGACUUCUUCCUGCGCUGGAAGAAGCUGGACUCAGCAGCCAGGGAGUUGGCUCCAAAGCGACAACAGAUUCGCCGUGUACGAUGUACUGGCUGCAGUGCCAUGAAGGAUACAAGAAGACAGAUAUCUUGCUUGGGCUUGUCGCGGUACCAGUGAGUUGUUUGCCAAGGCCAGCUUGGCGUUUGGCUCCGAAUUGGCUUUGACGCUUUGACUGCUCAGCUAUGAUCAAGAGCUACCUCUAGCCAGCGCUACCGUUACACAGUGAGUAGCCCCAUGCAUGCAGCUUCAAUGCCCGACUAAGUUUCAAUGGUACCGGUACAUGUAAGUAUUCGGGUACUUCAUCAGGAGGACCUCCAGGUCUAUCUUACAUCCAAUGCUCCAAUGGCUGGUGGCUAAGAGCCUCCCGCGACAUGGAUGCUUCACAGCCAGUCCUUUUUGUUGUGAUGUUGUGAUCUCGAAUGGAUCCUGCGGAACACAAAAGAAGGCUCCGAUGUAAUUCUGUUGAUGUGCGUUCCGGUCAAUGACGUUGUUUUCAUGUUCAAGCGCGG